AUGCGCAACGCAUUGCGAUCGCUGCAGCUGAAGCAGCUAUGGCGCGCGGCCCAGUGCGGCGGAGAGGAGAGCAAGAGCGAUAGCGAGCAAGAGAAACAAAAACAUCAGCAACAUCAACAUCAGCAACAACAAGAACAGCAAAAGCAACAUCAACAGCAACCAGCCCGCAAUGUAUUCUCGAGCGAUGCGGAAUUGCUGCGCGACUUGGCCAAAUCGAAGCCGCAUGGCCAUUCGCCGCGAGAGAAGCGCAUUGGCCUUAUCGCUGCAAUGGGCCACUUUAGGCCCAAGAAUGCCACGCCCAUACAGUUUUAUAACUAUGUGAGGGAGUUUUGCAUCAUGCACAAUUGCAGCAUCGACGAGGCCAUGGAAAGGGCGCCCGAUGCCUGGACGAAGCUCAGCAGGGACCAUAGGAAACUCUACAAUUCGACGAUGCACGCCGCUUUGCCCAUUCCGGUGCCGCGACACCUCAUCUAUCGAGCGUUUCAAAUGGAACGCGCUGGGCGCUGGAAAAUAAGUCCAAUGCCCGCCGCGAACGGCAGCUCCACCAUGUACUCGAUGGAGUCCUAUUCUCCGCCGGUAAAGCCCACUAAGCUACAGGCGCGCCUGAAGGCGCAGCGUCCGCGCUACGACAAUCUGGUCGAGAUUGAGCCCUGUUGUUUGGAGCCGUUGCGCGCGCACACAGCAUCAUCGGCCAGCAGUUCGCCUAAGACGAAGACGCCGCCCGAGCAACGUGCGCCGCCUGCAAAGAGCGCACUGUCGCUCCGGAAGCUGCUCUCUGAGCCGAACCUGAAGGGUUUGCGCAAAUCACGGAUCAAGUCGUUGCGCACGGCGCCGACCAUCGCGCAGCUGCCGCAGAAGCAACACCGGCAGCCGUCGGCAAAGUGCAAAAGCAAAAAGCUUAACACGUCGGCUGUGAAGAAGAAGCAGCAGCCGCAGCCGCAGCCGCAGCUGCAGCAGCAAGUCGUUGAGAAGACACCGCCGCCGCCGGCGCUGACGGCACCGAAGGCGUUAACCGAUGUCAAGCGAAAGUAUUCAAUUAAUAAGAAAUCCAAGCACAAGUCCUAAACGGAGCUGGCUCCUCAACUAACGAUUAAAGAUUAAUUGUAUCCUCGUCCCCAAUCCACUUUUACAAUGGCACAAACGCACUAUAAAUUUUACUCUCGAGCCACAGACGAAAAAUAAGACAAGUUGGCAAAAAAA